AUGGCCGCGCUGCGCUUCGGGGAGCCCCCGGCGGAGCCGCCCGCCUUCCCCGCGGGCAGGUGGGCGGGGGGCGGCGGGCCUGGCCCGGCCUCGCCCGCCCUCAGGGCGCUUCCCCCGGCGGAGCCGUCGGAGGGGGCGCCGGCGGCCUCGCAGCGUCGGAAGCGGACCAGCUUCACGGCGGCGCAGCUGGAGACGCUGGAGCUGGUUUUCCAGGACACCAUGUACCCCGACAUCUACCUGCGGGAGAAACUGGCCGACGCCACGCAGAUCCCCGAGUCCCGCAUCCAGGUUUGGUUCCAGAACCGCCGCGCCAAGUCCCGCCGCCAGCGGGGCCCGCCCCGCCCCGGCCCCGCCGCGCCGCCGCCGGCCUGCCCGCGGCCGCCUCGCUUCGCCGCCCUGCGCGCCCCGCAGCGGCCCCGCUGCGCCCUCUCCGGGGCAGCCCGGACGGAGGAUGGCUCGGUCCCCUACGCGUGGCCGCCGGCCGCCGGCUUCUCCCCCGGCCCCGGCUUCGAGGGGUUCCCGCCCGGCCAGCCCGGCGGGGCGGAGCCCGGCCCGUUCGCGGGGAGCGCCGCCGGCCCUUUCCCGCCGGCCCGCGCCUUCUGCGGGCAGUACUCGCCCGUGUCGGACGCCGAGGACACCAGCGGCUACUCGGAGUCGGGCUCGGAGUGGGAGGAGAACGCGCUCGGCGCCUUCCGCGCCCUCUGA